AUGACUGACCACUCCAUCUCUGACGGGGUAUCGAUCGACGUGGAUCCCGAAAUCGAGAAUGACAGUGCCUACGGUGGUGAUGACUGGGUAUCGCUCAGAGAAACCACAUCCAUCAAAUCUUCGAUUUAUCGGGGGCUGAUGGAAAAUGGCAGGAGAUAUCAAAGUCUCAGAAAUAAAGAAUACUGUCUUCCCUCAGAUGAGCAGCAAUUCGAGGCGUACGAAGCAGGACACCUGGUGGAUCUCAUUUUAGACUCAGAGCGAGAAAAUCCGCUUUUCCGCGCGCCAUGCGGAGAUGAUAAGGAAGCACCCCUUCAUAUUCUAGAUAUUGGAACCGGAAUGGGCACAUGGGUUAUCGAUGUGGCCGAUAUGUUCCCGAAUAGUAUUGUUCGCGGUGUGGAUCUCUAUCCACCACCCAUAAGCUGGAUGCCGCCAAACUGUACGAUCGAAGUAGACGACGUGCUACAGGAAUGGACCUGGCGGGAACCAUUCGACUUCAUCCGCAUGCGUAACAUGAUCGGAUCCUUCGACCAAGCGGAGUGGGAUCGCGUUUAUCAACAAUGCUACGACAAAUUAAAGCCCGGCGGUUGGAUCGAGCAGUACGAAGUUGGGCCAUUUGUUGAAUGCGACGACGGCAGUUUACCCGAAGACAGCGUGCUCGCGAAAUGGGGGCCCAAUGUGCGUGGCUGUGGUGAGCGUGCAGGUCGAACCUGCGACGUCAUUUUCACAAUGGCGAGCAGUAUUCGGGAGAAGGGAUUCAUCGAAAUGCACGAAAAGAACUACAAGUGGCCCAUUGGACCCUGGGCCAAACAUCAGAAGUUCAAGGAGGCUGGUUUGCUGAACUAUGAGCAUUGGAUGUCUGGGAUUGAGGGCUGGUGUAUGUGGUUGCUUACCAAGUUUGGUGCACCGAAGCCCUGGAAGAAGGAGGAGGUUUAUGUUUAUUGCGCGCGCAUGCGUAAUGAUAUUAAGAAUCCCGCCUAUCACACAUAUCACAGGGCGAAGAGGAUAUGGGCGCGCAAACCGUUUCCUGGCGAAGUUUCACAAAAUAUGAAGGCUACCACGGAGUCACCGCAGUCAAGGCCCGUGACUAGUAAUGAGUGA